CACACACACGGUCAGCGUUCAAACGUCGCGCGCACGGGUUGGCCGGACCAUCUAAAAGAUCAUCGUCGUCGUCACCUAUCCAUCUAUCGUUGUUGUUGUUGUUGUUGAUCGUAUAGAUCUAUAUCUUAUUUUUUUCAAUUAAAAAAAUUACACAUUGUCCAUCGUCAGACAAGAUCCGCUGCACGAGCUUUAUACGAGGUGAAAAAUGGCUGAAGACGGUAUAGUGGAAUGGUUCAGCGGCCGGUCGGUGUUCAUCACCGGAGGUACCGGUUACAUGGGCAAAGUGCUAAUUGAAAAAUUGCUCAGAUCCUGCCCCGACAUCAAAAACAUUUACAUACUUUGCCGGCCCAAACGCGGUUUCACACCAGCCGCCAGAGUGGAACAAAUAAGGAAACUUGCAGUAUUCGAACGCGUUCGUCAAGAAUGUCCGGGAAGUCUGAAGAAGAUGUCGGCCAUCGAGGGAGACUUAAGCUUGCCCGGACUGGGUUUAUCGGACCUGGACAAGCAAAAGAUCAUCAACGAAGUAUCGGUUGUCUUUAACGGAGCAGCUUCGUUGCGUCUGGAAGCCGGUCUAAAGGAUGCGGUCAGACAGAACACCACCGGAACCAAGUACGUGCUAGACUUGGCCGUGGAAAUGAAGAAGUUGGUGGCUUUCGUUCAUUUGUCUACGGCUUUUUGCCACUGCGAGUACGACUCGCUCGAAGAGACAGUGUACCCGUCGCCGGCCAAUCCCAAUGACGUUAUGAGAGCCGUCGAAUGGAUGGACGAUUACACUUUGGAGAUGAUAACACCCAGAUUACUGGGCCCUCAUCCCAACUGUUAUACUUAUUCGAAGAGGUUGGCCGAAGCUCUGGUGGGCGAAUACGCCAAGAUAUUACCCAUAGCCAUCGCUCGCCCGUCAAUAGUCACUCCAUCUUACAAGGACCCGUUUCCCGGAUGGGUUGACAGCCUGAAUGGACCUGUCGGGGUGAUCGUGGCCGCCGGCAAAGGAGUGAUCCGAUCCAUGUUGUGCGGAGAGAACUACGAGGCCGAAGUAGUGCCGGUGGACAUAGCCAUCAACGCUUUGGUGUCGAUCGCUUGGAGAAGAGGAAGCACCAAACUCGACCCCGAACAACCCAUCCCGGUGUACAACAUAACCAAAGGGGACAUCGUUCGGAUCACGUGGGGCGGUGUGUUGGCCAAGGGCAAACGGUACUGUUAUGAGUAUCCGUUCGACGCCGGUCUUUGGUAUCCAAACGGAUCGAUCAGGACCAACAAGCUGUUGCACUACUUCAUCGUUUUCUGGCUGCAAAUGGUCCCUGCCCUGUUGAUCGACGGGAUUAUGGUUUUGGCCCGGCAAAAGACAUUCAUGGUCCGAGUGCAGAAACGCAUAGCGGUCGGCAUGGAAGUGUUGCAGUAUUUCACGAUGCGCGACUGGGACUUCAAAAUCGAAAACACCAAAUCACUGCUGGGCUAUAUGAACGAGCGGGACAAAGACUUAUUCUACAUACAGAACAUCAAAAUCGACAUCGAAGACUACUGCGUCAAACUGUUGCUGGGCGCCCGCCAGUAUUGCAUGAAAGAGCCGUUGUCCAACUUGGACAGGGCGAGAUAUCAUUUGAAAUUAUUGUACUGGCUGAACUGUUUCACCCAAGGUCUGUUCUACCUGUUUGUAAUUUGGGUGGCCAUCAGGCUGUUCGACGUGCUCCGGUUUCUUUUGGACAUGUCCACCAGCUCCUUUACCAACGUACCGUUUGCCGGAUCGCUGGUUCCAAAUUACUAAAUCCCAAUUUUUUUUUAAACAUUUUUUUAUAAAGCAUUUCCAUCCACGUUGCACCGUCGAGUAAAUACAGUAAUUAUACACUGUAAACAAUAUUGGCCAAUAUAAAGGUACACAAAUUGCAUUAUAUUCCACUAGACGGUACACAUCACAAUAUUAUUAUUAACUGUACAUAGUUCAUAUUGUAUUAUUAUUGUUAUUAUUAUUAUUAUUAUUAUCACUAUCAUACACUUAUUAUAUUAUACAACUUAUCGUCUCGGAGUGGUGUCGCUUAUCCAUAUAAUAUUAUAUUGUUAUUAUUAAUUAUUUUUAUUUCGAUUCUUAAGCGUUAUAUCAAUUUUAUUUUUAACAUUGCUUCGCAAGGUGUUUAUUAAAAGGUCGGUGAGAUGUAUACCUAUUUUUUUUUUGUGCACAAUAUUUACAAAGUUAUACCGUCAUCAUCUAUUUGACCAUAAUAAUAACUAUUUAAAUAUAUACAUAACUAUAUUGUAUGUACUUAAAUUAAUUAACGGUAUAUGUUUAAUUAAUCUAAGCUCCGCCGUCCACGUUAGAGUAAUAAUCUAUUUAAUAUAUUAUAAUAGUACAAAUAGUUUAAGAUUUUCAACGACCGUCGUGUCGUACCUAUCUUUCGAAAUUUAAAAUACUCGAUAAUUAUUCUUAAUAAUUGUAUAAAAU